CAACAUGUUGGACAAGACGGCGGGGAGGGACGUUGGAUGUGUCUGACUGCUUGACUGUGCCUACACGUACGUAAUACGGACGUGAAGACACAGGGAUACCCAUUCAAAGAAAUAGGAACUAGACUUCUUUAGACAACGGGAUUGUCAAGAGCUCUGAACAACUCGUGGGGGGUGAUCAGGAUGUCUGACUCCGAGGAUGAGGCCGUGGAACGGCAAUUCAAAAUUGUUCUGGUGGGCGAUCCGGCAGUGGGAAAAACCGCCUUAGCCAACAAAUACGCGCAAGAAAGUUUCAGCAAGAAAUACACGCCCACAGUGGGUGUGGAGUUCUAUCUCAAGCGAAUCAUGUUGCCGGGCAGCAAGCCGGCAGCAUUAAAAAUUUGGGACGUUGGAGGAGCUGCCAUGGAAGGAACCAUGAUCGACAAAUACAUUUUCGGGGCCCACGCCGUUCUUCUGGUGUACGAUGUGAGCAAUUUCAACAGCUUCGAGAACUUGGACGGCUGGCUUAAGCAAUGCAAACGUUGCAUCGGAUCCAGUGAGGAUCGUCCAUUGCCAUGUUCUUUCGCCUUGAUAGCCAACAAAAUCGAUUUGGAGCACAAGCGAUCUGUGAAAUCCGAGCGUCACCAUCGUUUCGCACAAGAAAACGCCCUCCUCACCUACGCGGUUUCGUCCAAAUCUGGAGAGGGCGUGAAUCUUUGCUUUCAAAAGAUUGUGGCCGAACUCAUGGGCAUCAAAUUGUCACGAGCCGAUCAGGAGCAACAACAUCAGGUGGUGAAAGCGGAAGUGAUGAUCCCCAGACAGGACCGAAUCAUUGCCAAUUCCAAUGGAACAGUCAAAACUGCGGUGUGCGCCCUGCAAUAAAUGUCGUUCUACGUUAAUUAGCCCCAAGUCAUACCAAACACCAAUAAUAAUGAGCAUAUGUAUUAGAUUCUGACAAAACUUGCAUCAAUGAGACCCAAUGUAGCGACUA